GAGGGCGGUGUGUUCCGCUCUGCACCCGUAAACAUUAAAGAGGAAGAAGAGCAUAACAACAUACAGUGUAGACGCGAGUCAUAUUGUAUUAGAUUUGCUUGACUUCGCACAAUAUGGCAACCACGAUCAGCACUCAGAGAGGACAGGUGUUCAUCGGAGAACUUCCAAUGGACUUCCUGAGGAUCACUCCGACUGUCCAGCAGCAGCAGGUGCAGAUGGAUGCUCAUACGGCACAGCAACUGCAGUAUGGAGGCAGCCUCAACUCCAUGGGUCGGAUCAGCAUCACAGUCGUGCAGGCGAAGUUGGCUAAGAAUUACGGCAUGACGCGCAUGGACCCAUACUGCAGAAUUCGGCUCGGCUACACCGUGUAUGAAACACCUACAGCACAUAACGGAGCCAAAAACCCACGCUGGAACAAAGUGAUUCAGUGUCCGUUGCCUCCUGCAGUCGACUCCUUCUACCUGGAAAUCUUUGACGAGAGGGCAUUUUCCAUGGACGAUCGCAUUGCCUGGACUCACGUGACUAUCCCAGAGAGCCUGAGGGAAGGCAGCGUGGUGGACGAGUGGUACAGCCUGAGCGGAAGACAAGGAGACGAUAAGGAAGGCAUGAUUAACCUAGUCAUGUCUUACUCAUCAGUGCCAGCGGGAAUGAUCAUGCCACCCCAGCCUGUGGUCCUGAUGCCCACAGUGUACCAGCAGGGUGUCGGCUACGUGCCCAUUGCAGGUGUGCCAGGUGUGCCAGGUGUCUAUAACCAGGGUGUGAUGCCCAUGGGGAUGCCCAUGGGGAUGCCCAUCAGUGCCCCUCACAGUGCCCCCUACAGCGAGGAGGACCUGCAGGCCCUGAGUGACAUGUUCCCUAACCUGGAUAAGGAAGUGAUCCGCAGCGUGAUUGAGGCACAGCAGGGGAACAAGGACGCUGCCAUUAAUUCUCUGCUGCAGAUGGCUGAAGAGGUCUGAUUGUAUUGAAAACACACACAAGGCACUCAGCGUGUCAUUCCCUAACAAAAGAGUUAUGUUUUUUCUCUUGCGUGUCCAUCAAGACCGUAAUAAACACAGCAUUACAGGAUUUUAUGUUCCAAUAGCAGUGCUCAUUGAUGCUUUUUUCCCCUGAAGAUAAUCACGAUUUGGUUCCAUUCUUGUUUUCGUGGUUUUAUGGUUCACCGUUUUUUAUAUAGUCCGGCUUCACCCUCUCAGAGAGCUCCCUGUCUUAUAUAAUGGAUAUAUUUAAUGCAUUGUGCUAUAUUCUGAAGAUAAUCAAAUAUAUUUAGGGCAGAUCAAUUAAUAAUGGCAGAAUUAUGAAGAUCACCCUGUUGCAAAAUAUUGAACAAUGUUUUCUUCCCUUUAGCUCACUCAUGGUAACUUUGCCCCUCAGGUCUGUGGCUUUAGUCAACUGACAGUAUAAUAACACUCUAUCUGUAGGUUUCACGUCUAUAAGCAGAGUCAUAGUGGGACAUUGAGAAUCUUAAUAAAUGAUCUAUGACUGAGUUUAUCGUCACUUAGCUCAACAUCAUGCUGUGGUAAAUUAAAUGUAUUUCCCAAAAUAAACAGCCAAUAAUUAUAAAUUGUUGCCUUUUUACUGGAAAUGUUAAGAGGAAUUUGGACAUGAGCUUUCAAAUCCAAUUAGCCUUUAAAAGAAUUGUUUUAAAAAAUUAAAUUAAACAAACAUUUACACUCAGGCGUAUAUUUUAAUUUAUUCAUUUCACAGGCACUCACAAAAAUAAAUGCUAAAAGCACUAUUUGUAUAUAUACAAAACACAUUAACCACAGUUCCAUACUCGAUAAAAUUGGACACAUGCACAAUGCCAAAGGUUUUAAAGAAACAAACUUAUCAAAGGUAUAUUUGCGAGGUCAGCAUUAUUUGUGUUCAUGUUAAAUUAUGUUUUUGUUUUUUUGUUUGUUUUUUGUUUGUUUUUUGUCUUUUUUUUUUCCGCAUAGCAGAUGUUGCCAUAUUCCAUGAAAGUCUUGAAGUUCUCAUGUAAGACUAAGAGAUCAGAUUCAGUAUGUGGCUCUAAAAUUCCUCUAAGCCAUUCAUGACUCCUUUUCCAAAGUGGUGCCAUCGUUGGCCUUACGAAUGCAAAACCGAAUGCAAGUCUCAUUUUUUGAUCUUAGACAUGUCUCAUAUUCUACAUAUCAAAUUGCACGUGAAGAUCAACCACUGAUUUCUUACAGAAAGUCCAAGAUUUUCCUCGAAUCAUUGACAUUUAAUUUAGACUCACUUGAUUGUUUCUUAAUGUUGUCAAGUUGUAAACCCAUGAAGUUCUUAGAUCAAGCUUGUUGUUUUAAAUCAUAUGGUAAGCUCUUGCUUGAAAAUGUUGCUGCAGUAAAAAGAUAACAAUGUAUUUAUUAGUCCUGUAGUGAGGAUGUGAUGUUUAAAUUUCUACAUUAUGAUUAUUCCGCUCGUGCAAGAGCAGUGAUUUUGAACUCUUUGGCACUUUAUUUUCUGAAAAUAUGUCUGAUUUAAUUUGAACAGUAUACACAAUAAUUACAAUAAAACAAAAGAAUAUUCGUCUUCA